AUUUUUGCCAAAAACACAUUCCGUGGAAUCAAGCGUAAAGCUCUCCUCCUAAUGCAAUAUAGGAACUUUAUGACAUGAUUAGGUGAUAUUUGCAUGACCGAAAAUUGGACUAUAGAUACGAGGCAAUCUACUAUGAUUCAGAUAUGCGGAUUUAAUGUACACUACAAAAGGUAUGUACUUGGCAAAUAAACUUGGAUGACUGCGAUGAUGUGUCACAUCUUCAGCUCUUUUCUCCUUCACUGUUUACCUUGAGAAUUCCCCAUAGAAUUGACCUCCCACAAAGCUAGCCCAAAUUCAAGUUUUCACUCUGGAAUGGGAAGAACCUGCUUGGGCAACAGCUGAUCAUUUUCUCCUCAUCAUGAACUGCUCACCAUAUGCGUUAAAAAUACUCAAAUGGCUCGACUUGGUGUUGGUAAAAUUCAAUUGGGGAUAUUAGUCCUGGCGUUAAUCGAGUGUCCUCUCAUCCAAAAUGUGUCAUCACAGGGAUAUCCUCAAUUCGGUCACCCGGACCGUGUCAAGUUCUUCAUCUGGACCAGGGACAACCCAGGGAUAGAGGACUUGAUCCUACCCUCCAAUCUCGACAAUGAUCUCAGUGCGUCCCAUUUCAAGGCUGGGCUCCCCAUCAAGAUUCUCAUCCACGGCUUUUCGGACAAUGGGAAGACGGAUUGGAUCACAAAUAUGAGGGACACUUUCCUGGAAAAUGGGGAUUGUGUGGUGAUCUCAGUCGAUUGGAGUGUUUGGGCAGGCACCAAUAUUUUUACUUACCCUUCGGCAGCUUUUCACACGAAAAAGGCUGCUAAUGUGGCCAAGCUUCUGGUCGACACCAUGAUCAAUCAUGGGGCAUCCUUUGAAGAUAUCCACGUGAUUGGUUUCAGUCUUGGUGCUCAUGUGGCGGGUUACUUGGGCCAAAAAGUUCAGGGCCGAUUACCCAGGGUCACUGGAUUAGAUCCUGCAGCUCCAUUGUUUACCUUAACCAAGAAUCGGAUUAACAGACAGUCGGCUCGAUUCGUGGAUAUUAUUCACACCGCAGGGGAGUUCACCUCUUUGGAGAGUCCCUUGGGUCAUGCCGAUUUUUAUCCAAAUGGAGGGGUUCACCCUCAACCAGGCUGUGAAAAUGAUCGCUCCCUGGAUCACAAACGCUCGCAUUUCAGGGCAUACAAAUAUUACGCUGAAAGUAUUGGCCAGCCAACCUCAUUCAAGUCAAUAUCUUGUCAUAGUUGGAUCGACUUUGAGUUUGAACAAUGUGACGAACGAUCUGUCAGUUACAUGGGCGAUUACGCGGAUCCUCGUGUUCAGGGCCAAUUUUACUUGGCAACCAACGCCGAGCCUCCUUAUUCCAAGAACCUGUCCAUGAGCUUUUCCAACCAAAGUCAUUUCUUGAAUGCUAAAACCUCUCCGGACAACUCACCCGGGUCACAAUUUUCUUGGACGUUUUUGUUUCAAGUGUUUUCAUGGUUGGACUGAUGAAACAACCAAGAUAUUAUAUUAUUCAUCGCUGUUUCGUGU